UGGAAGUGGGAGUCCGCGCUUUGGGGGCGAUGCAGAGCGGCUGAUGGCUGCCUCUGUAUUGGUGUCCGGGUGUCGGGCAGAGGUGGCCGCAGCGCAAGGUGUGGCGCGGCCGACCCGGGUUCCCUGAGUCCCUCUACUCUGCGAGCCCUCCCGGCCUGAGGCGGGAAUUUAAUGCUCUCAGAAGUAUACUGUGGAACCAAAGAAGGCAAAACCACCAAGGGUCAUCUGAAAUUGUGCUUGGCUCACUGAUAAUCCCCGGACAAAAUCAGAGAUCACUACUCAAGCAUAAGAAUUUUGAUUCAUCAUACAGUCUUUUUCCUGUUGUCCAUCCCCAGCUGACCCUCCAGUUUUCCUAAGACUGCUACAAAGAUGUUUGACAUAAAGGCUUGGGCUGAGUAUAUUGUGGAAUGGGCUGCAAAAGACCCAUAUGGGUUCCUUACAACAGUUAUUUUGGCCCUUACUCCACUGUUCCUAGCAAGUGCUGUACUGUCCUGGAAAUUGGCCAAGAUGAUUGAAGCCAGGGAGAAGGAACAAAAGAAGAAACAAAAACGUCAAGAGAAUAUUGCAAAAGCUAAACGACUCAAAAAGGACUGAAGGAAUGAAUAGGCUCUGCAACCAGAGAAAAAUCAUUUGGAAAAUUAUGCAGCUUUGGAAGGACUCACUAAGGUUUCUUUGGAUUUCAUGAUAGUAUUAUUUAGUAAAUGAAAUGUGAUCAUGUAGAAGAAUCAUGUUUUGACCUCCAUACUGUAGUUUUAGGCUUGGGUACCGAAGUUUGUUGGUAUCUACUGGCAGUUAUAAAUAAGCAUACAUACAGGUUGAGCAUCCCUAAUCAGAAAAUCUCAAAAUCGGAAUGCUCCAAAAUCCAAAAUUUUUUGUGCAUAAACAUGAUGCCACAAGUGGAAAACUGCAGUCAAACACAAGUAUGCUAAAAAUAUAUAAAAAUACCACAUAAAAUUACUUUCAGGCUAUACGAAACAAAUGAAUUUUGUGUUUAGACUAAGGUUCUGUCCUCAACACAUCUCAUUAUGUAUAUGCAAAUAUUUCAAAAUCUGAAAAAAAUCAAUUCUGGUCCCAGACAUUUCAGAUAAGGAAUACCCAACUUGCAACACAAAUUCUUCAUAGGUGACUAAGUCAUUUACCAUUUUGCAGCUUUUGCACUGAAAUGAUUAUGGAGAAAUGAGUUUAGAUUGUGAACUUUAUUCAAAUAGUGGCUUAAAAUGGGAUCCUGCUCUGAACAAAGCAUGUUAAGAAUAUAAGACAAUUAUCCUUUCUGAGGUGAAAAGUUUGUUCUUAAAGGAGAUACAGUAUAUUAAUCACAUCUUUCAUCAAUGUACUCAUUUUUGGAUUUCUUAAAGUAAAAUAGUAUUAAUGAGUAUACAAGUCUGUUUUCUUCAUUUUUUUUCUGAUUUUAGCCUUUAAGUAAACUGGCAAUUAUCAAGACAUCUCUCAUUUUUAAAACCUAAUUUUAUAAAGAAUUAUCUUGAUUAUGUAGAAUACUGUCUUCUGGUUAUAACAGUCUUUGUACUUAUGAACAUUGCCAUUUUCUUAAGAGAUGUGUUGUUGAGAAGAAUGACACUAUGAUUUAAAGCUUGUAGUAAAAAGGCCAAAUACUGUAAUAUCUUGGAACCAUUUUAUUUUUGUGUUAUAUAAUACAGUGAAACAGUUAAAAAGUUUUAUCAGGUAAUUUGUUGGUUAUAUAGAUGGCACUUUUGGUUUUAUUCCAUUCUUAUCUCAUAGGUAGUUAUGUCCUGUACUUUUUGAUCCAAAAAGUUUGAGAUAAAAAUUGAAAUUUCAUAUUUUUUUAAUAUAGUUAACAGCUAAGCUAUAACUUCUUCAAUGGUAAGAAAGGCUUAAAAUUUGGGAAGAUUUUGACGGGUAUAGUAAUAAUUGUACAAAUAGAAUAAAAUUGUAUUCAAAAUGAGAAUGGUAUAAUUGAAAGUACAGAGCUAAAGGAUCUUUCAGUUAAGUAGUAUAACUGGAACUUUGACUAUUAAACAUGGCUUUUCUAAAUGCAUGGUCCAGUAAUUUUAUUCAUUGUAUUUAAUAGCUUAUUAAUGUUUCUGCACCUCUGAGAAUGAAUACUAAGUAAUUGUCCAACAGCUCUCAUUUUAAAAUGAAACCAGAUAAUGAAAUAAAUUUGAUACUUUUAUAAGAG